UUUGCAUGGUCAUUAAAACGGGCAUUCAUUUACUUUAGUGUUGAUAUAGCAUGACAUUUGAAAGGCCUAGCAGGUAACACUCCCGUAUUGCUCAUAAACUUGGCUGGAAUUUAGCAUGGAUGAAACAUAAGCCACCAGCGCCAGUGCUCGUCUACCUGAUAUUGAUCGUCAACAAUACCAUCCCGCGCGGUACCCAAUACUCGCCUCCCGCAGCGCAUGAUUGCAUUCUUUGGGCUCCUGUCAGGUCCAUCCACCUGCCGCUCUGGUACCUGGAUGCUCCAGGCCAAUGUCCCUCGGCUGGCCAAUGCCUAAACGAGGCCCAAAGCGCCUGCGUCACAGCCACUGAACGUGCCCGUCUGGACCUUCCUCAUGACCCGGGCCCCCCUCUCUCCUUCCCGUUGAACAGCGCUAUCCACAAUCCACACAUCACACAAAUCAAAUCAGUGACACAUGGUGACCUUGACCCCAACAUUUCAUUUCCAUUCUCACCCGACAUACAUCAUGGACAUGCCUUUCAUGCCUCAGGUUGAGUAUAUAUACUUGACUUGAUACCAGACGGCGUCUUUUUGUUCUCUCUUCCUUCUUCCACUCUUCUCUCUGCUUAGCUGCUGCUUCGCUGCAUCUCUUGCAUAUCUUCA